GGGAAGCCUGCUGCCUGGCUGCGGGGGCUCAUCGCCUCCCCCCACCUGUACGAGGCUGGGCCUUUGCUCAGCAUCCCAAGCCCUGGCGCUUGGCCUUGGUCUUCCCGCGGGUUCCCGCGCUGACAUUCAAGCCGGGGAGGGGGUGAGGGGGCCAGGAGGCCGGGCUCGCCUCCAGAGCACGCUGGGGAGCCCGGGGCCAGGGCUUUGGGCUCUGACGGCGGGGUCCCAGGGGUCCGCCCGCCUCCAAGACGCCUAUCUAGACCCAGGGAAACAUGUCGGCCGAAUAGGGAAGCCAGACUCAGGGCUGGGAAGCGAGAAAGCAGGCUAAAAAAUGGCAUUUCAAAAGGCAGUGAAAGGAUCUAUUCUUGUUGGAGGAGGUGCUCUUGCAACUGUGCUCGGCCUCUCUCAGUUUGCUCAUUACAGAAGAAAACAAGUGAACCUGGCCUAUGUUGAAGCAGCAGAGUACGUUUCAGAACCUAUUAAUAGGGAGCCUCCUUCCAGAGAAGCUCAGCUACUGACUUUGCAAAACACAGCUGAAUUUGAUAUCCUUGUCAUUGGAGGAGGAGCAACAGGAAGUGGCUGUGCACUAGAUGCUGUCACAAGAGGACUAAAAACAGCCCUUGUAGAAAGAGAUGAUUUCUCAUCAGGGACCAGCAGCAGAAGCACUAAAUUGAUCCAUGGUGGUGUGCGAUAUCUUCAGAAGGCUAUCAUGAAGUUAGAUAUUGAGCAGUAUAGGAUGGUAAAAGAAGCCCUUCACGAGCGUGCCAACCUGCUAGAAAUUGCUCCCCAUUUAUCAGCUCCACUGCCUAUAAUGCUUCCAGUAUACAAGUGGUGGCAGUUACCUUACUACUGGGUAGGAAUCAAGCUAUAUGAUCUGGUUGCAGGAAGCAAUUGCCUGAAAAGUAGUUAUGUUCUCAGCAAAUCAAGAGCCCUUGAGCAUUUCCCAAUGCUCCAGAAGGACAAACUAGUAGGAGCAAUUGUCUACUAUGAUGGACAACACAACGAUGCACGGAUGAACCUUGCCAUUGCUCUCACUGCUGCCAGGUAUGGGGCUGCCACAGCCAAUUACAUGGAGGUUGUGAACUUGCUUAAGAAGAAAGACCCCCAAACAGGGUUGGAACGCGUGAGCGGUGCACGGUGCAGAGAUGUACUCACAGGGCAUGAAUUUGAUGUGAGAGCCAAAUGUGUUAUCAAUGCUACGGGACCUUUCACAGACACCGUGCGCAAAAUGGAUGAUAAGAACGCAGCAGCUAUCUGCCAGCCCAGUGCGGGCGUCCAUAUUGUGAUGCCGGGUUACUACAGCCCAGAAAGUAUGGGACUUCUUGACCCAGCAACUAGUGAUGGGCGAGUUAUUUUCUUCUUACCCUGGCAAAAGAUGACCAUAGCUGGCACUACCGACACUCCAACUGAUAUUACACACCAUCCUAUUCCUUCAGAAGAAGAUAUCAACUUUAUUUUGAAUGAAGUCCGUAACUACUUGAGUUGUGAUGUUGAAGUGAGAAGAGGGGACGUCCUGGCUGCGUGGAGUGGUAUCCGUCCCCUUGUCACAGAUCCUAAGUCUGCAGAUACUCAGUCCAUCUCCCGAAAUCAUGUUGUGGAUGUCAGUGACAGUGGCCUCAUCACUAUAGCAGGUGGAAAGUGGACAACUUAUCGAUCUAUGGCAGAAGAUACCAUAAAUGCUGCUAUCAAGACUCAUAAUUUGAAAGCAGGCCCAAGUAGAACCGUUGGGCUUUUCCUGCAAGGGGGUAAAGAUUGGAGCCCCACACUCUACAUUAGGCUUGUCCAGGAUUAUGGACUUGAAAGUGAGGUGGCACAGCAUCUUGCUGCCACCUACGGUGACAAAGCCUUUGAGGUGGCCAAAAUGGCAAGUGUGACGGGAAAGAGAUGGCCCAUUGUUGGAGUGCGUCUUGUGUCAGAAUUUCCAUACAUUGAAGCAGAGGUGAAAUAUGGGAUUAAGGAGUAUGCCUGCACAGCAGUGGAUAUGAUUUCACGACGCACUCGUCUGGCCUUCUUGAAUGUCCAGGCAGCAGAGGAAGCCCUGCCGAGAAUUGUUGAGUUGAUGGGCAGAGAACUGAAUUGGGAUGAUUAUAGAAAAGAGGAAGAACUUGAAACAGCCAGGAAGUUUCUGUAUUAUGAAAUGGGCUAUAAAUCUCGAUCAGAACAGCUAACAGAUCGCUCUGAAAUUAGCCUCCUGCCUUCAGACAUUGACAGGUAUAAGAAGAGAUUUCAUAAAUUUGAUGCAGACCAAAAAGGCUUUAUUACCAUUGUUGAUGUUCAGCGUGUGUUAGAGAGUAUCAAUGUCCAAAUGGAUGAAAAUACACUACAUGAAAUUCUGAAUGAAGUAGAUUUGAACAAAAAUGGACAAGUUGAACUCAAUGAAUUUUUGCAGCUGAUGAGUGCUAUUCAAAAAGGAAGGGUAUCAGGGAGCCGGCUUGCUAUACUAAUGAAAACUGCAGAGGAAAACCUUGAUAGAAGAGUUCCCAUUCCAGUGGACCGAAGUUGUGGAGGCUUGUGAGUCUGAGCAGUAAAUCCACAGUCAACAAAUGUAGGAACAACAAAGCGUCAUGUAACAACCAGAGAUGACUUAACACCACUCCAGAAUAGUGGAUAUGGAUAGCUGCCUUUUUUUUUUUUUUUUUUUAAACAUUAGGAAACAUUCCAAAGUUUUAGGAUGGAUGUUGGUGUAUAUCCUUUAUUUGUAUUUCCCAUUCAAUCUAGCUUCUAAAAAGUGUAUUUUAUCUUUUUUUCCCUCAUUUUCAAUGCACACUGAUUUAAUGUUUUGCAUUCAUUUUGUGAUCUAUUUGACUGGACAUGCUCCCUUUUUGUUUGUUUAUUCAUUUAUUCUAAAUCAGUUCUAGAGGCAGAAUAUUUUGACAGAGACUGAAAAAAAGAAGCUGGGAAAAUUUUGUGACAUGCACAAAACUCUGGACAUUAAGCUUGUAGACAGUUACUUCUUAAAAGAAAUCGAGCAAACUGUUGAAGUGCUUCUGGAGACUCGUCAGCCUCCUCUCUGGUUUGUCUGCCUUCCUUAUCCAAACAAUAUUGCAUAAUUUUAUAUCUAGAGCAUGACUGGCAAAACUGGAAGGAGAAAAAAUAGUUUAGAUCUUAACAGGAGCAAGACUCAAGGAAAAAUUCUGAAAGCUACCAGAAUCACAGGUAUAAGAUAAGGAUAGCAGUGACAUUUGCUGAGAGUUACAGUGAUAGGUUCAUUUCAGCGAUUCAUUCCCACCGCCCCCCACCCCCCUUGCUGGUUUUUCUUUGACUAUUAUAGUUGCCAGAAAUAUCUGCUUUUCUUACUUUAAAAUCAGCAUUUAAGUGGCAAGUUGGAUAUAAUAGGAUGAGACUAAAUUUCUCAAAUCUUUAGAGUAUAAUGAAUUUAAGGAAUUAAAACCAUGUUAUAGAAUUACCUAUGAUAACACAUUUUUCAAUCCCCCAAAAUCCUAAAUAAAUCUUGGAUCAUGUGAUAUUGUCAGACAUGCUAUGUUGCCUAGUUAAUUGCAUCAUUUGGGGGGAGUAUUUAUAAACAGAUAUAAAAUAAACAAGUAGCGUUUAGUUAACUUUAACUGUCUGUAGAAAGGUAAAACACUGCAAUAUUCAAGGUCAUUUGGUUGCUUAAAGCCUUUCCCCUCCAACAUUCUCAAUCAACCAAAAAGAAAACAGAAAAGCCCCCACUACACCCUGCCUCGAGACACAUAGAGGCACAAAAACAAAACCAAAAAUAAAUCUGCGCUGAAUUAAACAAAUUUAAAAGGUGAAUUGAUAUACUUUUGCAACAUUUUUGGUAGCAUUUUAACCAGUCAUCUGAAUUAUUUAUUCAUUGUGCUUCCUCCUGGUGAAGUUAGCUACCUAUUUUUAUGUUUGGAGGUAAGGUGUAGAGAAUAGGAAAUGUAACCCUUCAUCGAAUGGAAGGUUGCCAUUGAGCACACUUGAGGUCUUAGUUUUUUAAACUGGUCAGGUCCUUUUGUGCUGUUAUUUCUAUUUAUGUCAAGACAGUAGAAUAUUGUUGUGCCUCACUCAAGUGGCAUAUGAAUCUGUAUGUCAUAAUAGAAACACUGGAGAGUCACUCACCUAAGAACCCCGCCCCCACUUCCCCCACCUCCUCCAAAUAAUAGAGACUACAGGGAAAGAUCACAUCUUCAUUCUUUGUGUUUUUACAUGGAGUUUAGACUCGCACUUCCUGAAGGGGAACCCAAACAGAGCUAGUGAUGCUCCCAGGGAUCACUGUGAAUUUUUUCUUUCUUUAUGCUGGCUUUUAUCUUAUUUUAUUUUAAUAAAUGGGAGCAUGGGCUUUGUAAUUUAGUAAUUUUCUAUCAAGACAGAUGAUAAAAUGUCACUGUUUAGAACCCACUGACAGUCGGUAGAAGAGCUGUCUUUUAGACCAUCUCAGAUAAAGUACCACAAUAUUGUACAUUUGCGCGCGCUCUCUCUCUCUCUCUUUCUCUCUCUCAGGCCUGGUUUGUACACGCUUUUGCUAUGAAUGAAGUUCCUUUAAGGACAAAGAAAAGUACACUUUUUUUCUUUUGAGCAUAUCUGCUUUUGCUUAAAAUCUGCUAAUUCUAAAACAUACGCUCUUUCACCAAUCCCAGAGACUCAUCUUAGAAAUGAGCUGAUUCCAAAUCUUACUGUGAAUAAAGCACCCCCUCAUUUUUCUGUAUGUUCUUAAUUAAACCUGUACAUCCUUUGUACACGAUUUCAGAAAAGGAGUCAAGAAAUAGGGGGAUAAGCCCCUUUAAAAUGCAUUCUAAGUGCAAAUGAGUAAUUUUUUUUGUCUUUUAAUAUAAAUGUGGCAUUAGAUGAUUGUAUUAGGUUGGAGGGAAAGAUUGUCUUAUCAAAUGAUUUAUUUCAAGAGCCUCCACAGGGGUUCAGGUGAAGGAACCCCCCCAUCUGUGGUGGAGUGUUAGAUGCUCCUUUAUAUAGCCCCUACCACAGUCUUAACCACAAUGAUAAUGCUGGAUUACUUGUUAAGUCAAGGUUGUCUGCUGCACAUCCAUCAUGCUAUUUGCAAUAUUCUUGCCCUCUGUUUAUACUGAGUAACUUUGGGAUUUCUACUAUGAAAUGCAUGCCCAGUCUUUCGCUCUACUCUAGCUUUGUUUUGUCUUUUUUCAAAAUAUGUAGCUUCCUCUUUUGUACAACAAAAAUUUCAUUCUUUAAUAAACAUAUUGUAAGACUGAUCACUGAUCUUACUUCCUUUUUUAUGUAUUUGAAAAAAUUUUUGGCAUAUAAAUGUACUAAUAUUGAAGUCAGUGACACUCUUAACUUGCACUGUUUUGCAUUAUGUCAACCCUUUUUAGGGUGUUAAAAAAAUGACUCUGUUUUUAAAGAAUAUCAAAUAUAAGCCCGGUCCUAGACUGGAUAUGCACACUGCAUGUUUUCAUAUGUGGCACUUUUAUGUAUUGUGUUGGAUUAUUGUUCUAGAUUGGACUGUUAAAUACUAUGUUUGAGGCUGGAUUGUCAUUUUUAUAACUGUCUUGGUGUUUUAUCGCCAUUAUUUAUUACUUUUGAUAUACAGAAUGAGCUGCAUGCAUUUAUAGAGCAAUAAGAGGGUGUAUUUAAUGUGCCUUGUUUUUAACUGAAUAAGAACUGAAAGCAUGAAUCAAUAAAACUGAUUAAAAUGGUCCAUUUGCUGGCAUUUUGAUGUUACUUGCAG